UCCCAUAUUCUUCAAUGAGAAGCUCUUUCUCUCUCUUCAGACCUCUCUGCUGCUUCCACAGAACGCCAUUUCCUUAUAUAUUCCUUCUCCCUCUUCAUCUUCUUCAUCACCUUCUUCUUCUUAACGCCACCACCUUCAAAAUGCAGCGCCUUAAGAUGGGGUUCCCUCACUACAUCCAAGCAUUGGAAGAAGAACGCCGCAAGAUUCAGGUGUUUCCUAAAGAGCUUCCUCUUUCCUUGGAACUAGUCACACAAGCCAUUGAAGCUUGCAAACAGCAAUUGUCUGGCACCACAACUGAGUAUAAUUUGAAUGGACAAUCGGAGUGUUCAGAGCAGACAACAUCAACGGAAGGUCCUGUUUUGGAGGAGUUCAUUCCAAUUAAGAAAAGGGCAUCUUCCCCUUAUUGUGAUGAAGAUGAUGAGGAUGAACAGCAUUCUCACAAGCAAAAUGUUUCAAAGGAUAAUAAGAACAAUGAUAAGACGAAAUCAGAUUGGCUUAGAUCUGUUCAGUUGUGGAAUCCAGAUCCCCCCGCUGAGGAGGAUGUGACCGAGAAAGUGCCUGUGAUGGAUUUGAAGAGAAGUGGAAAUAGUGGUGGUGCUUUCCUGCCAUUCCACAAAGAAGAAAGAGCUAUCAAGACAAGUGAAUCAUUGAGUGAAGCACCCUCUUCUGCCCGAGUACCCGCGGCGAGUUCUAAGACGAUUACAGUCACCGGGGAGAAUGCUGGAAGCAGUAAAAGAGAGGAGAGAGAGGGACGGAGAAAGCAGCGCCGGUGCUGGUCACAGGACUUGCAUAAGCGCUUCUUGCACGCCCUUCAGCAGCUUGGGGGUGCAGAUUCUGCCACACCAAAGCAAAUCAGAGAGCUAAUGAAUGUUGAGGGCCUCACAAAUGAUGAAGUCAAAAGCCAUUUACAGAAAUACCGUUUGCACACUAGGAGGCCAAGUACCAUAGUUCACGACAGUGCCAAUCCACACACGGCACCUUUUGUCCUUGUAGGGAACAUUUUUGUUCAAUCAUCAGAAUAUGCAGCUGUAGCUACCUCAACAGCAUCAAGGGAAGUGACCACAGUUGCAGCACCUGCAGGUAUUUAUGCACCUGUGGCCACACAUCCUCCGGCUGUUAAACAUCCACCAACUGAUUCAAUUAAGAAGCCACACUUUAAGAAAGUGGAGCUGUUUGAGCAUUCAAAUUCAGAAGAAAGGGGCAAUCACAGUGAAGGGGCUGUGCAUUCAAAUUCCCCUGCCUCAUCAUCCUCCACCCAUACCCCUACUACUUCUCCUGGCUAUUGAGUUUGAACAUGUUUAAGUUUUGUAACCAAAUUCCUGUACAAAGCCCUUUGAUGUUUUCUUCUGACCUUUUUGUACUAAAUGUUUUUUACUCCUGUUGUCUGGGAUUUAAAUUAUAGAGGUAAAAUACACAGAAAGUGACAGUUUUGAUGUUAAAUAAGUCACACCCUUUUAGUUAUAGCUGGCCACCAUGUUAUCUCCUUGUCACAGAAAUUGAACUGAAAUUUUCAAUUUUU